GGAACUUGUUUUGCUUCGUUAUUGCCUCGUAUUUCUAGACAUUUUGCCACCCCAGCUAGGUAAAGCUUAAGUGCUAGCAGCACAGCACCAAUAAUUCGCUUCGACGCAGUUCAUAACCAGUUUGGCCAGCCUCCACAUGUGCUCAGAAGCUAGGAGAGCGUCUCCGCUCAGCUCAAUCAUUUCACCAAGUCGCCCCGAAGAGCAAGCACGCACAGCUAAAAGCCAGUAGCAGUCAUCGCGAUGUCCAGUCCAGCCAGUACCAAUGCCAGCCAGGCGAUGCCGCCAUCCAAGGAGAUGCUGUUUACCCUGGAUAACCCCGUCUUCUGCUGCUAUCUCUUCUGGGCCACGGUGCUGGUGGUGAAGAUGCUGCUCAUGUCCCUGCUAACGGCUCUGCAGCGUUUCCGGUAUAAGCUGCUGGGGCUCGUUCCGCUGGCGCUGCGGCGCAAGAUCUUCCCCAACGAGGAGGAUCUGUUCUUCAAGAAUCUGGAGGUUAAGUUUGAUGAUCCGCAUGUGGAGCGGGUACGAAGGGCCCAUCGCAAUGAUAUGGAGAACAUCCUGCCCUAUUUCAUCAUGUCCUUGAUCUAUAUAAGCACGAAUCCGAAUGCCGAUGUGGCCUGCAAUCUGUUCCGCGUGGCCGGUGUGGCCAGGAUUAUACACACUCUAGUUUAUGCCGUGUAUCCGGUGCCACAGCCCUCGAGAAUAUUGGCCUUUGCGACGAUGCUGUGCAUAACCUUCUACAUGGGCGCCGUGGUUGCUCUGCGUACUCUAAGCUUCAUUUAAAUGGAGGGAGAGGGAGGGGAAGAGAAAGAAGGAAGCCUAGCUUUAUCAAAAAACCUUGCUUGAAGGCCACUUUGUACCUUAUAUUUCAAAUAAAUUAACUGACCGUUAAAGCAGCAAUAAAAUGUAUAAAAUCUUUCAAAGAUAAGACCUUGUUUUGUCCAAAAACAACGAUUCCCUAUGACUUUAAAUAUCUGAUUUUUGAAAUGGUAACUCGUUAAGAUCGGAAAUAGAAGAA